AUGUUUGCCUGCAAAGCCUUGAGGUUGCUUGCAACCACAAUCACACUCUAUGCUAUCCUUGGUAUGUCCAGCCCUAUCAACUCUGUCAGCCUUGUCGAGGACAUCGACAAGCGUGACACUGGCUACUUGAACAGUGUGUACUUCGUGAACUGGGGCAUCUACGGCCGAAACUACCAGCCAGCACAACUGCCAGCUAGUCAGGUCACACAUGUGCUCUACGCAUUUGCUAAUCUCCAACAGGACGGAACUGUCUACUCAUCAGACGCUUACGCGGACUACCAGAAACACUACGACGGUGACUCCUGGAACGACGUCGGUAACAACGCCUACGGCUGCGUAAAACAACUCUACCUUCUCAAAAAGGCCAACCGCAAUAUGAAAGUCCUCCUAAGCAUCGGCGGCUGGACCUACUCAACCAACUUCGCUGCCGCCGCAAGCACCGCCACCACGAGGUCCACCUUCGCCAAGACGGCCGUGACCCUCGUCAAAGACUGGGGCUUCGACGGCAUCGACGUCGACUGGGAGUACCCCACGGACGCGACCCAAGCCGCCAAUAUGGUUUCGCUCCUGCAAGCGAUCCGCUCGGAACUUGAUUCUUACGCCGCGAGUGACGCGCCGGGGUACCAUUUUGUGCUGACCAUUGCGUCGCCGGCCGGGCCAACGAAUUAUAAUGUCAUGCAGCUGAAUGCAAUGGCGGAGGUGUUGGACUAUUUCAACUUGAUGGCGUAUGAUUAUGCAGGGUCGUGGGACACUACUUCGGGACAUCAGGCGAAUCUGUAUCCUAACCCGAGUAAUCCCCAAUCGACCCCCUUUUCCACCGACGCUGCUGUGUCCGACUACAUCACAGCCGGGGUCCCCGCGUCCAAGAUAGUUCUCGGGAUGCCCAUAUAUGGUCGCUCGUUUGAAUCCACGGCCGGGGUGGGACAGACGUACACGGGCGUCGGCACCGGGUCGUGGGAAGCAGGGGUGUGGGAUUACAAGGUUCUUCCCAAGACGGGGGCGACGGAGAUUUAUGAUGAGGUUGCCGGGGCGACGUAUAGCUAUGAUAAUAGCUCGCAGGAGUUGAUCAGCUACGACACGCCGGAUAUGAUUACGAAGAAGGUGGCGUAUUUGAAGGGAAAGGGGAUGGGCGGGAGUAUGUUUUGGGAGGCGAGUGGUGAUAAGACGGGGGCGGCGAGCUUGAUUGGGACGAGCUUCUCGAGUUUGGGCGGGUUGGCGACCAGUCAGAAUUUGUUGAGUUAUCCGAAUAGUCAGUAUGCUAAUAUUGUUGCGGGCAUGGCUUAG